UUCUUCCCACUCCAGUACAACUAAAAAAAAACUACUACGGUAUAUAGUAGACGACCAUCAUCCUCAAAAUGGGUCUAACGUCAUUUGAAGACAUCAUUAAAGAGAAGCUAAAGGAAGGCAAAAACGCUCACUUCAUGUUGGUUGAUGGAAUGUCUAAGCUAUUGACUCAAAAAGUUAAGUAUUGUCAGUCAUUGGAUUUCCAAGUUUCUGGUAUCAAAUGGAAGUUGCUUAUACGCCCAGCUUUGGGAUUCAAUGAUUGUCUAUCUUAUUCUGUGUGGAUCAUAGAUGAAAAGUAUACCGGAUCUAAUUGGGAAGUCAAAUUCAACUUCAAAAUCGGCAUAGUUCCUCAGACUGGAUCUGAUUAUUGCUACGUCUUUGUGGGGUGUCACAACAAACAAAGCCUUGUUCUAGGGCUAGACAACUUCAUAUCAUACACGGUGUUGAAGGAGAGGUUUCUUGUGAACGACAAAGCGGUUUUCUAUGCUGAGAUAAGCGAUGUCCAACCAAACUUCCCCGUUACUGGUAUCCCUCGAACCAUGGGGACAGCAGAACGCUUGAAACUGAUAGAGGUGGCUCGGAACAACUCCAGAUUCACCUGGAAGAUCACGAAGUUUUCCUCCUUCACUGGUGUAGAGCAUUCGUCUUACGAGUUCACGGUUGGACCACGGAGAUGGAGGCUAUCAAUGUACCCAAAAGGUUCCGGAGAUGGGAAAGGAAAUUCGUUGUCUUUGUAUCUGACUGCAUCCGAUUACGUCACUGAUGGUCCUAAGGGUGGAACAUUGGCCAUCUACAAAUUGAGAGUGUUGGACCAACUCCAUCGCAAUCACUAUGAAAUUAACUGCGAAGAUUGGUUUCUUCAUUUAACGACCUGGGGACGUAAUAAGUUUUUGCCGCUGGAGGAACUCCACAAAGCUUCGAGGGGAUUUCUAGUGAACGAUCAGAUAUAUAUCGGUGUUGAGUUCUUAAUUGUAUCCACUACUGAGUAUCUCUGAUGCGUAUAACGGAUUCGAUCAAGACCACAAGAAUAGAUAUAUAUUUCAUGUGGAAACUAUCUACCAAUCAUUCUAUACUUGCAUAUCGUAAUGUGUGUUUAGAUAUCAAUGAAUGAUACAAACAUGC